AUUCGUCUCGUCGCAAGAGUGUACAGGAGAAGGUGUGUUGCGUGUCGAGUAUAAUGAGCAGAAUCGGUGCGGUUUGAGAGGAAAAUGGAGACGAUCGAAGGCUCGUUCCCAGAGGCGUUUGCGCCAUCGCAAAGUCUUCUUUGAACCCUGAGCUGAAUACAGUGAAAAAUCAGCGGGGUUAAACGAAUACGUUGAUUAGAGUACGUCUUCCUCAUUUGGAGUAUCUGGGUUGUGGUUGGAGCGGACGCCAUGGAAGAAGAGUGUAGUUCAUAGGCAUUGAGCGAGAGCACGACAUCUUGCGACGACGGAGCUGAGCAGCGCCAUGAGUCCAGAGCUUCAACUACUUGAAAAUGAUCGUCCUCGAGUAGAGUUCAGCUGUUUCGCUGCGUUUUGUUGUGUUCAUCUUUUCUAUCUUCUUUGAGUGUGCGUGUUUUCGUGAUAUAGAUGUGUGUGGUGUGGGAGGAGCUGCAGGGCGGGGGGGAGAGAGAGAGAGAAGAUAGCGUACACCACCUCGUGUACAUGCAUUGGAAUCCUCUUGGGGAGGAACUAGGUCAGUUCUCGGCCACUUAGACGCUUAUGGACGAGACUGGUGGGGGGUAGGAAGGAGCUGCAGGAGAGACCUGCUGGUGCAAAUACGGAUCGUAGAGGUAAUAGGAAAUUGACGCGGUUGCAGAACUGGAGGAUAGGCGAGCAACGUCAUAUAUAUACACAGUAGUUGAAGAUAAUAUGUCAAUACGCAGGAUUGCAUUGUUUGUAUAAUGUUGUUGGUAAGGAACUGUGCCUCACUUAUAAGGUGAUGGAAUUAAGUGCGGGCUGUCGUGGGUUUUUCGCGCUUUUACAGGUCGCAGGCUCUCGGUGGGGCGAGAUGGGUGCGAUGGGGCACCGGGGGGCAGGGACGUUGGGUUGGGGCGGGGUUGGCGGGGAAAUCCAGGUGUAUUCGCGGAGGAACGCGCUUCUUCGUUCCUCCUCGGCUCGUUCGUCCGUCUUUCCUGGGGCAACCUCCAUUCUCUCCAUCUCGUCCACUAUCGCUUUCUGUCUCCCCGAUGUCACAACUCUUUUUGUUUAUCUUUGUAAAUGGUGGAUGCACCAGCAACAUAGGACGCUCGAUGGUUGUUAACAGAUAUUUGUUCUAGUCUCUGUAAAUUCUUGGGUACCUUUGGUUAUCUUUGGUUUCUUUCCGUAUUUAGCUGUUAGCUUGUCGAUAGGGUCCGGAAUUCUUCCGUGAUGCGGUGUGCGUCCAUGCGCGAGGGGGGGGCGGAGGAGGGAGGGAGGGGUAUGUGUGUGUGCGAGAGAGAGAGCGAGCGAGCGAGCGAGAGAGAGAGAGAGAGAGAGAGAGAGAGAGAGAGAGAGAGAGAGAGAGAGGCGGGAAAGGAGGGGUGUCCUUCUCAGUCCAGCCGAUUGCCGUUGGUCAAUACGCUUUCGGAGGCGUGUGUGUCUCGAAGGGAGGAUGCUAGUUGUAAGGAGGGGCGUUUUAGUCGCUUACGUAGCUCUAUGAGAUACUCGUGUGCAUUUUUCUGAGAAGUGUGUGUGAGACACGCACGCACAGAUGUAGGGGGGGGGGGGRGAGAGAGAGAGAGAGAGAUGCGAAUGGGAAAGAUUGGGAGCAGUGUAGCCCUUGAGGAACGUAGGGAUUUUGAGUGGCCAGUUGACUUUGCGCUUCUCCUGUCCAUCGACACAUGCCUUUCUACGACUUCGAAGAAUUACUGCCUGCGGGUGUGAGCUGGUGAAAUCGCUGUCAUCGCGGAUUAUGCUCCAAGAGAUGCCGCGCAUGGCGGCGGAUGGAUGUAGUUUGCUUGCAGAGCUCAUUUGUCGCUUGUCGCUUCUCGCGUGGAAACCCCAUAUUGGGCCCAUAAUUCCACGCUCCGCCUCUCUCUCUCUCUCUCUCUCUCUCUCUCUCUCUCUCUCUCUCUCUCUCUCUGUGUGUGUGUGUGUGUGUUUGGGUAUCCGUCUUGUCUCCUCCAUUGACUGUCCCAGGGCCGCUUUAUAGAACUUGCUCUUCAUCUGUGGGACGCGCCAACUUUCCACACGAUUCCGGAGGUGACCGCUUGCCUUUUCCGCAGGUUAACCAUGCUUUAACCCAUUCACAACCUUAACCAUGCUUUAAUCCAUUCACAACCUGACUUGUUCUCUUAUCCUGUUUGACACUGCCCGCAUCUGUCCGCCCUCCCCAGCUCCCCUCCAAUGGCCGUUCCUCUUGAUGGUGCAGCACGUGUGGCUUGAUUUGCUUCCCGCUCUGACGAAUGUCGGCUGCGGCUGUUUCACGUU